AUGGACCACGACUUCUCCCAGUGGCAAACUUCCCCCGACCAAAUGGGCAGCGGUUCACAAGUGUUUGCCCACCGAAUUUGCACCCUGAUUCUUCCAGGUCGCAGGCAGCGCCGGGCGUGGUCAAAAGACGGCGAGAUGGAACCAGCUGGAGCACAAAAUAGCGACAGAGAGUACGGAGGUGACAAGUUGCCCAUAAACGCGGAAGCCACAGAUUCAAGUGGCAGCCCAGUCGAAGGUCGAACAAACUCCUCCAUGAAUAUAUCUGCACAUCAUAGUGGGGAUAAAAGAAAAACCAAGCACAGGAAGGGGAAAGCAAAGAAGAAAAUGUUCGGUGCACGAGAGGUCUCGACUUCCCUUGAACAGAUGGAAGGUGAUCGGCUCCACCUAUUUGCCUUAUGGUUCCUCCGGGACAAAGACAAUCGGAACUCGUACUGUGCUGCGAAAACACCUCACUUGAGAUUUAAAUUCAUCGAGUACUGUUUCGAGCGAGACAAUAUGUCCAUUAAUCAUGUGUACGCAUCUUCAGAAACAGACUGCGACGUUCAAUCGAUGUCUGAUUCAGAUAGUGGUUCAGAUGAAGAUGUGAUGGAGCAGUUAGAGGAUGACAUUAACACUUGGCUUCAGUUUUGUAGAAUCGCACACCGAAUUGUCCGCGAUUACUUGGCACCAAAUAGAGCACAAUGUAUUGAGAAUGGAAGUGUCCAGGAUCAUACCCAUUUCCCCUUGCAGAUACUUAUCUUGCGAACAAUUGGAAUUCUUUUGCCGAUCUAUAUUAUGGUCAAAGCAUUAACUUGCGUUCUAAAUAGGCGCAACCACCAGGACUCCCAUGUUCUCCCCAUUCCUACUUCAGAUGAGGAAAACGAGAUACCAAGACAACUGCCUGAGUCGCUCUACAUUCACAUUCCAAAUAUUUGA